AUGGAUAGCGAUCAUGCUUGGCUGAAGGUUGGUUGGAGGCUGCCACCGUCAAAUUUUCUGAAAUUAAACGUUGAUGGGAGCUCUGCGACAAAUUCUGAUCAGAUGGGCUGGGGAGGUGCAAUUCGUGAUGCUGCAGGGAAUUGGAUUCAAGGUUUCCAGAGUAACUCGAAGCACAAUUCAACAUUUGUGGCGGAGGCCAUGGCUCUUCGAGAUGGUCUCACUACUGCCAAGAACCAUGGAUCGCGCCAGCUCUUGUGUGAAUCCGAUUGUAACACUGGAGAGUGGAUCCAUCGUGAUGGUAAUGCUACAGCUGAUUGGCUUGCUAGAAGGGGCUGUCGGGCAAUCAACCAAGGAACCAUGUUGCUCAACUCGCUGCCUCCGGAGUUGGAAGUUAUCCUGUUGCAGGAUAUGUUUGGUGUAGUGUAA